AUGGUCUUAACUUUCGCAUUUGAUGAAAUCCGUAAGAAUAUACAAGUCUUUUCCAACAUCUCAAUAGAAUAUGAUGAGAGUGACAACAUAUUCAAUACAAUGGAAACCAGCGCAAACAUUUUGAAGCUCCUGUCGGAAACUCAUGGGAAUUACAACCAUUACCAUUGCUACAGCAAGAAAGCGAUAUCGGCAGUUAUAGGUGCUCUCUUCACCCAGAAUUCAAUUCAGAUAGCCAACGUGUUAACAAACUACAAGAUCCCACAGUUGAGUUAUGGCUCUUUUGAUCCGGUGCUGAGUGACAAAAUCAAGUUCCCUUUUUUCAAUCGGUUGGUUCCAAAUGAAGAGCUUCAGCAUACAGGGAUUGUUCAGCUGCUUAAGCAUUUUGGAUGGACAUGGGUUGGCCUCAUCACGUCUGAUGAUGAGAAUGGAGAAACUUUCCUGCAGUCCCUGAGACCGAGGCUCCUCCAGAACAGCAUUUGUAUUGCUUUUGUGCAAAAGAUGCCAAUGUUAUUGGAAAGAGCUCCUAAUGAACUGAACAAAGGCAUAUAUGAUUACCUCUGGCUGAAUGAAGUGAAUGUAAACCUUGUACACGGGGAUGUUCUGACUAUGGAUCUAUUCCGAAUGAUUCUACAUCUGUAUGAAUCUGAUGACUUUCUUCCAAUGGAGAGGGUUUGGCUCAUAACUGCCCAGUGGGAUUUUACAACAAUGAUUGCAGGAGGCGGCUUCCCUGUACAAUCCUUUAAUGGUACCUUGUCUUUCUCCCUGCAUACAAAUGUUGUGCCGGGAUUUGAGGACUCUCUUGACCACAUCAACCCACACUACGCUGAUUUCGCCUACAGGUUCUGGGAAACAGCAUUCGAUUGUACUCUGCUGACGUUUAAACGAGGAAAGAGAAAAUGCACUGAGAGAGAGAAGCUGGUGAGCCUCCCUGGGUCUGUAUUUGAAAAAAGGAUGUCUGGUGAGAGCUACAGUGUCUAUAAUGCUGUUUAUGCUAUAGCACAUGCUCUCCAGGCCCUGCAUUCAUCGACUGCCAAGCGGGCAGCAAGGGGACACCAAGGCAAAAGGAAACUUGGGAACAUUCAGCCAUGGCAGCUGAAUGCUUUUCUACGGAAGGUUCGCUUUAACAAUACUGCUGGGGAUGAAAUUUUCUUUGAUGAAAAAGGGGACCUGGUCACAGGACAUGAUAUCAUCAAUACAAUCGCAUUCCCCAAUGGAUCCUUCCAGAGAAUCCAGGUUGGAAUGAUGGCUCCCCAAGCUCCUGUAGGCCAAGAGUUCAGCCUUAAUGGAAGUGCCAUUGUGUGGAAUCCCAAGUUCAAGCAGAUGCUGACCAAUGUAAGAAGUGCCCAGAAGAUCAGUAUCCAAAUGAAAGUGAUCUCCAUUGUGGUGAUGGGGCUCUUCAUUCUGCACUGGGACACGCCCAUUGUCAAAGCCAACAACAGGAGCAUCACCUGCACCCUCCUCACCUCUCUCUUGCUUGGCUUCCUUUCCUCUCUUCUAUUUAUGGGUCAGCCUGGGAAGGUGAUUUGCCUUCUGAGACAAACAGUGUUUGGCAUCACCUCCUGUCUCUCGGUUUCCUGUGUGUUGGCCAAAACCAUCACUGUAGUUCUGGUCUUCAUGGCUACCCAGCCUGGAAACAGCAUCCUGAAAUGGGCAGGGAAGAGGCUGGCAACAUCCGUCAUCGUUCUCGGUUGCCUCAUUCAAACUUUGAUUUGCACUGUGUGGAUCAUCAUCUCUCCCCCUUUCCCAGAGCUUGACCUGCACUCCCAGAUCAGUCAGAUUACAGUGCAAUGCAAUGAAGGCUCAGAGAUCAUGUUCUAUGUUGUCCUGGGCUACAUGGGCCUUCUGGCCGUCAUCAGCUUCAUUGUGGCAUACCUAGCCAGAAGGCUGCCUGACAGUUUCAAUGAAGCCAAGCUGAUCACCUUCAGCAUGCUGUUGUUCUGCACUGUGUGGGUGUCCUUCAUCCCAGUUUACUUGAGCACCAAGGGGAGAUACAUGGUGGCCGUGGAGAUCUUCUCCAUCUUGGCCUCUGGUUCUGGUUUGCUGGGUUGCAUUUUCCUCCCCAAAUGCUACAUUAUUGUUUUGAGACCUCAGUUGAACACCAAGGAGAAAGUAGUUCGGAAAAAGAAUGGUCUCACUUAG